UUUAAGACGCAGUCGGCAUGACCUUCAUUAAUUAAUUAAAGAAUAGUAGGCUUCAAAUCGAUUAUUAAGCAGCAGAUUAGGGGUUGAUUAUUAUUCUUAAAUGAUUGUAAAUUUCAAACGAAAUUGAAUAAAUAAGCGAUAAAAUUUUCCAAUUGGGUUGAAGCAAAUAGAUAUGUAGCUAUAAAAAAUUGAAAUCUGUGAUAGAUCCUGAUUCCUGUUUCACAAAUUGUUAAUUUAUUCUUAAGUGGUAAUCGCCCCAUAAAAAUUUCGUGACCAUUGGUCUCCCUCCUAAAAUGAGUCCACGCAGUGGGGGUGGCGUCUACAGAGAAGUUUCAUGGCGACAUUUCAUCUAUGGAGGAGCUGCAUCGUGUCUUGCAGAAUGUGGAACUUUUCCCCUCGACACGACAAAAACCCGGUUGCAAAUUCAAGGCCAACAACCCACCCAUCUCGUUUCCUCCGGUGUGUCGCCAAUUCGAUCAAAUUAUUCUGGAAUGCUUGACGCUCUCGUGAAAAUACCGAGAGAGGAGGGAUAUUUGGCUUUAUACAGAGGAAUCUCGCCCGCAAUUCUACGACAAUCAGUCUACGGUUCGCUCAAGUUUGGUGCUUAUUACGCCUUAAAACGGCUAAUUCCGCAAGAACAAAUUUAUUCUAAUGUGGCAUGUGCAGUUGUUGCAGGAAUGGCAAGCAGUGCUUUAGCCAAUCCGACAGACGUUUUGAAAGUCAGAAUGCAGGCAGCUGCCGGUCCGACAUCUAGUCAUACAACUAUUUUUCAAGCCUUUCGAAAAAUUUACAAAUUUGAAGGAGUUAAGGGACUUUGGAGGGGCGUUGGACCAACCUCGCAGCGAGCAGGAGUCAUCGCUGGAGUCGAGCUUCCCGUUUAUGACGCAACCAAACGAUAUUUCAUCGAUCAAAAAAUUCUAGAGGAUUCUUUUCCUAAUCACCUUGCAUCAAGUUUUGUUGCAAGCUUAGCCGCAGCGAUUGGAAGUACUCCGUUGGAUGUUAUACGGACUCGAAUGAUGUCUCAAAAAGUGCAUCCCCGUCCCGGUGACAGUUUUGGCCGCUCAUGUGCCUUCCCCAACAGUGGGGACAAGGAGAUGCUCCGCCCUUCUCAUAUUUAUCGAGGGAGUUGGGACUGUCUCAUGGUCACUUUGCGACACGAGGGAGUCACGGCCCUUUAUCGGGGCUUCAUACCUGCGUGGUUUCGAAUGGGACCAUGGAAUGUGAUAUUCUUUACGACGUAUGAGCAAUUACUAAGACUUGACUGAGGGAAAACGAUGAAAAUGGAAACCAAAAAUUAAAAUUUAGCCGUUCAAAAAUUUAUUAGUUUGCUUUACUAUUAUUAAUCUAAAUCUAGUCAUUCAUUACUACGAAAAUAGGUGAUCCUUUGUUAUAAUUUCAAUAUGAGAUCUGUUAAUUAAGUUACUUCUUAGGAAGAGUAAUUAGAAUCUUACAAUUAGUGGGAGGAGUUUUACUUUAAUUUAAAUUAAGCGUUAUGAAGUAGACUCGUUAAGUACAUUUCAAAUACUCGACGAAUUAUUUAUUGAUUUUUUCACGUAGUAAUUUUAACUGCGUUCUUAUUAAAAUGUAAUAUUACAUUUACAAAUGUUGUUAUUUCUCGAUUCCCUUAAAUAUUGUUUACAUUACAUACACAAAUUCUAGUCCUCCGUCAAAAAUUUUAAUUAUCUGACACAUUUCUGGAAACGUAUUUUAAAUUCUUGAAACAAAAAACGCACACGACACGCUACAAACUCCAACCAAAUAUUUUGCAUAAUCAAAUACUUACGGAAUAAAGCAAUAAAUUACUAUUACACUUGAUAACAA